CAAAAACACACACACGCAAACGAUCCUUUUGUUUUGUGUUUGAUUUUUUCCUUAAAAGAGCAGAAGAGAAGAGAGUUGGGAAGAUGAUAGAAGAAUGGAACGGAACAUCAUCAACAAAACUCACAAAAACGGCCACCAUAACUGCCACCAAUGCUAAUUCUUCCAUCACAAUUCAAAGAUCAAGUAACGCAUUCACUCAUAUCUCUCAAAGAAUUCUCCAAGCUUUCGUUCCCGAGGGGUUUCCAACUAGUGUUACUCCAGACUAUGUUCCUUUUCAAGUGUGGGAUUCAUUGCAGGGGCUUUCUACGUAUGUGCGGAUGAUGCUUUCAACACAAGCUCUUCUAAGUGCUAUAGGUGUUGGUGAGAAAUCCGCUACUGUUAUUGGGGCAACGUUUCAGUGGUUCUUGCGAGAUUUAACUGGAAUGCUUGGAGGUGUCUUGUUCACUUGUUAUCAGGGUUCUAAUCUAGAUAGUAAUGCCAAAAUGUGGCGUUUAGUGGCAGAUCUCAUGAAUGAUCUCGGAAUGUUGAUGGAUCUUGUGUCUCCUUUAUUUCCAUCAGCCUUUGUGUUCAUUGUCUGCAUUGGGAGUUUAUCAAGGUCAUUCACUGGUGUUGCAAGUGGGGCCACUAGAGCAGCUUUGACGCAGCACUUUGCCCUAGAAAAUAAUGCAGCAGAUAUAGCUGCAAAGGAAGGAAGCCAGGAAACUCUUGCUACGAUGAUUGGGAUGGCUUUAGGAAUGCUUCUUGCGCGCAUCACAAUUGGCCACUCAUUUGCAAUUUGGAUAUCCUUUUUGUCUCUUACUAUGUUCCAUAUGUAUGCUAACUACAAGGCUGUCUGUUGUCUUUCACUGAAUAAUCUGAACUGCGAAAGAUGCUCCAUUGUUUUAUCACAUUUUCUCAAGACAGGCCAAGUUCUCUCUCCAAAACAGGUCUCCUCCAUGGAGCACGUUCUACCAUUAUGGAUGACCCCAUGGAGCCCAAAGGGUGGUGAUUCUCUGUACAAGCGAGUACAUCUGGGUGUCAGAGUUUCUUCACUUGACAGCCUUGCUAUGAUCAACCUCUUACAAUCUGCUGGAUCUCAUUACAAAAAAGAGAAAUAUUUACUUCAACAAAAAGGGGGUACUGUCAGGAUUAUUACUCAUAAGGAUUCGGUGGCAGCUGACAUAUUACAAUCGUUCAUCCAUGCUCUUGUCAUGGCAAAACUGGAUGAUCAAGAUGGAUCCAUAUCUUCGGAAAGCCAAUCAUGGAUGGCUAAACAUUACGAAGUCUUUCUUUUGAAGCUUCAGUCAUCAGGAUGGAAGACUGAGCGGCUGCUAUCAUCAUCAGUUGUUUGGAGAGCAAAUUGGCUAGUAGAUUAUUCGACUGACAAAAAUGACUAGAAAUUCUAAUACAGAUUGAAAGUCAUGUAGUUUGUGUCAGAUGAAACUUUGGAACUACAAGCUACUUAUUUCAAAAAGGAUGUGCUUUCAAAUUCCGACUUGGGGAGAUUUCAAGUCAUCCUUCGGUAUGUCUUGGAUCCUUCAAUGAUCGUUGAGAAGGUAUACCUAAAGAAGCGAAGGAUAUUCUUAGCAAGAAAGAGUUAUCUAUUUACAUGUUAAAUAUCAGAACCAGUCAGUUUAGCCUGGCUUAUGUGCUGUGUUCAAAGGAUAUCAUUUGUAUGGAUAGUUUCCAAGAUCUUGGAUAAACUCUUACUCGAAUUUUAUGCAGGUGCUGUUUAUUCUUGAGAUCAAAGUUGUAAUUUAUGGCAUUAGUUCAUAAGCCUGAGUGGAGAUUCCAUUGAUGAACACAACAAACUUUAUUUUAUAGACAAGUAUUGUUGGACAUC